AUGUCCCGCCCGCUCCUUUCCCGCAAACCCGACCUCUUAAUUACCAUCUUCUUCUCCCUCCACCUCUUCUUCGUAACCUGCGUCGACUGUCUCGAUCUCUGGCCUACAUGGCUCUCUUCCUCACCUUACCUCCCAUUCUUUACACUAGGCCGUGUAUUGCGCGAUUUUUACCUCGAGACGUAUCAAGACAAGCUUGUCCUUGAGCAACCGGAUUGGUUUGUUGUGUUCACAUGGUGCGAGUUGUUGUUCCAUGUUCCUGUCUGUUUGCUGGUAAUCCAGGGCUUGGUGAAAAAUUCGCCGCUCGUCCCGUUAGGAGUUAUCCCCUGGACUGUAGAGACGUUUUUCACGACGCUGCUUUGUGUGGUCGAGAUUUGGGGGUGGGAUGAUCGCUCAGAGACGAUCAAAUGGGGGUUGACGGGGUGCUACGGACCGUAUCUGGUUAUUUCUGCGGCGUUAUUUGUGGUCAUGUAUGGACGGGUCAAAGAGGCGCUUGUCUUGCAGCGGCAACAACUGGAGAAAGUGAAGGGACAGUAA